UACAUUUAAGUCCGAACACCGCAGCAGUGCGAGGGCUGGCUGGGGACAGAGGAAUGCAAAGCCAUCCCUGUGGAACUGCUGUAGUGGAGUAUCGUGACAGACUAUGACAGGCCUAGGACUACGACAGUUUUAAGAGGUGCUAUGGUAGGUUUAGGUUGAAAAAUAAGAAGAAUUUCUUCGCAGAAAAGGUGGUUAGAUAUUGGAAUGGGCUGCCCGGGAAGUGGUGGUCACCAUACCUGGAGGUGUUUAAAGGAAAGACUGGACGUGGCACUCAGAGCUAUGGUCUGGUUGACCCGGUGCUGUUUGGUCAUAGGCUGGACUCUCAGUCUGCGAUGGUCACCACCGCGGGAGCCCUUUCCUCGGCCUCCCGCGGGCAGACACCGGCAGGAGCGCGGUGAGGCGGCAGAUAACCACUAUGUCCCAGGGAGCGCGGCCAGCUCCGCCUGCGGGCGGGAGGAGCGAGGGAAGGGCGCUGUGCCGCGCAUCCCGCGGGGCGGGCUCGGAGCCGCCGCCGCUCCCGGCGGGCGCCGCUUCCGCCACGUGUCCCGCCGGGCCCGCCGGUUGCCGCGGCGACGGGAACCUCUCCCGCCCCUUCCGGCCUCGCAUGGCGCCGUCUCUUCCGCUGCGGGCAGUAAUAUGGGGACAAUACACCUGUUCCGCAAAUCACAGAGAUCAUUGGUGGGAAAGUUAACACAUGAAUUUAGGUUGGUUGCAGCAGACAGAAGGUCCUGGAAGAUUUUACUGUUUGGUGCUAUAAAUUUAAUAUGUAUUGGCUUCCUGCUCAUGUGGUGCAGCUCUACAAACAGCAUAGCUUUAACUGCUUACACAUAUUUGACAAUCUUUGACCUUUUCAGUUUGGUAACAUGUCUAAUAAGCUACUGGGUAAUGAUGAAGAAACCCAGCCCAGUCUAUUCAUUUGGGUUUGAAAGGUUUGAAGUUCUAGCUGUGUUUGCAUCUACAGUUCUGGCACAGCUUGGUGCUCUUUUUAUACUGAAAGAAAGCGCGGAGCGGUUUCUGGAACAGCCCGAGAUACACACGGGACGACUGCUGGUUGGUACUUUCGUGGCUCUCUUUUUCAACUUAUUUACAAUGCUUUCCAUUAAGAAUAAGCCUUUUGCUUAUGUCUCUGAAGCUGCCAGCACAAGUUGGCUUCAGGAACAUGUUGCAGAUCUUAGUAGAAGUAUUUGUGGAAUCAUCCCAGGAUUGAGUAGCAUCUUUCUGCCACGGAUGAACCCUUUUGUCUUGAUUGAUAUUGCUGGAGCUCUGGCUCUUUGCAUUACCUAUAUGCUCAUUGAAAUCAACAAUUAUUUUGCUGUGGACACAGCCUCUGCUAUAGCAAUUGCUUUGAUGACAUUUGGUACUAUGUAUCCCAUGAGUGUCUACAGUGGGAAAGUACUGCUCCAGACAACUCCACCUCAUGUGAUUGGCCAGUUAGAUAAACUUCUUAGAGAGGUUUCAACUUUGGAUGGUGUGUUGGAAGUUCGAAAUGAGCAUUUCUGGACAUUAGGCUUUGGCACUUUGGCUGGAUCAGUCCAUGUCCGAAUUCGGAGAGAUGCAAAUGAGCAAAUGGUACUUGCCCAUGUCACUAACAGAUUGUACACAUUGGUCUCUACCUUGACUGUUCAGAUUUUCAAAGAUGACUGGAUCAGACCUACCUUAUCAUCUGUGCCUAUUGCAAACAAUAUUCUGAACCUUUCGGAUCAUCACAUUAUUCCAAUGCCAUCUUUGAAAGCUGCUGACAAUUUGAACCCUGUUACCUCCACUCCAGCUAAGCCCAGCAGCCCUCCACCAGAAUUUGCUUUUAACACACCAGGCAAAAAUGUGAGUCCAGUUAUCCUUUUAAACACUCAGACAAAGCCCUAUGGAUUGGGCAUUAAUCAUGGAUCUGCACCCUACAGCAGUGUACUCAAUCAAGGACUUGGAAUACCAGGAAUGGGAGCAGCUCAAGGAUUCAGAACUGGUUUUGCAAAUGUCCCAAGCAGAUAUGGAACAAACACACGUGGUCAACCCCGACCAUAAUAAACACCAUUAUUUAUUAUA